UGCUCGGGGUGCGGAGCGGUCAGUCAGUGCGCGGCGAGGCGCGCCAGCUGCCGCACGUCAUGAUUCUGGCCCAGAGCAACCUGACAGAAGAUGAAGAAGAGGAAUUACCUGAAGACGCGUUAUCUCUACUCUCUGUGUUAUUCGUCGGUUUUCUGCUGUUCGUCUUGAUAUUUCUCUCAGUAGCAGGGAACGUAUUGGUAUGCGUUGCAAUAUACACCGACAGAGGGCUGCGAAGAAUAGGAAAUUUAUUUCUGGCCUCAUUAGCGAUCGCGGACCUGUUUGUCGGCUGCCUGGUGAUGACAUUCGCGGGAGUUAACGAUCUCCUGGGUUACUGGAUGUUCGGGCCGAGCUUUUGCGAUACUUGGAUCGCGUUCGACGUGAUGUGCAGCACUGCAUCGAUACUGAACCUGUGUGCGAUUUCGCUGGAUCGGUAUAUCCAUAUCAAGGACCCCUUGAGGUACGGCCGGUGGGUGACUAGACGAGUCGCGGUCGGGAGCAUUGCUGUUGUCUGGCUUCUCGCUAGCACUGUAUCUUUCGUUCCUAUCAGUCUCGGGCUUCACAAAAGCCAGGAUUCCAAAAAUUCAUCUCCUACCUACAACGAUGGUCUCCAAGAAUAUCCAACCUGUGCGCUAGACUUAUCGCCCACGUACGCGGUGCUUUCGUCCUGCAUAUCAUUUUACGUGCCAUGUGUGGUGAUGGUCAGCAUAUAUUGUCGGCUGUACUGUUACGCUCAGAAACAUGUUAAAAGUAUACGGGCGGUAACGAAGCUGCCUCAACCAUCAUUAGGAAAAAGUUUUCGUGCUAAAAGCACAAGAAAUAAAUUGCAACACCAGGAACCGGCUAAAAAUAAGCCUCCAGCUAAAACGAAGCCCACCUCACCUUAUCACGUUUCCGAUCACAAGGCCGCCAUCACUGUCGGUGUUAUUAUGGGAGUUUUUUUGAUAUGCUGGGUACCCUUUUUUUGUGUCAAUAUCGUCGCAUCAUUUUGCAAAACUUGUAUACCAGAUCGAGCGUUUCAGGUAUUAACCUGGCUCGGAUACAGUAACUCGGCCUUUAACCCGAUAAUCUAUAGCAUCUUCAACACCGAAUUCCGCGAGGCAUUCAAGCGCAUCCUGACAAAAGGAGCCCGUGCAAGAGGUAACCAGCCAUCGACUAGCGAGUGCGGAGAAUUCCGUUCAGUCAUUGUACAAAAAAGAAAUGGGUCUAUCGUUGAGUGUAAUAUAAGUCAUAGAUCUAGCGCUGACAGUUGUCAGGGCGGUCAAUUAAGUAGAUUACAGAAUCACCAUCGUGAUACCAUUGUUAGCUCUAUUUAAAUUUUAAUAUACUAUUAAUAACAAUAGCUAAUAUUGAUAAUCAAUAAUAAAAAUAAUAAAUUAUUAUCAUUAUAUUUAAGCUCAUAAAGCUCCAUAAUUUAAGUUUCAAAAUUACCAAUCCAUCUAUUUAUUAAUUAAUUAAUUAAUGACCAUGUCAACGACAAUCAAUUCGUAAAUAACAUAUCCGCACACAUCUUAACAAAAAUAUUAUGUAAUUUAAUAAUUAUAAUAAUAAUCAAGUAUUCAUCCGUUUUAAUAUACAUUCUAUUAGACAGUUAGCGACAAAUAAACAAAAAAAUUUUUUUUCUUGCAUGGAAAAAUGUAUAUUUGAAAAAAAAAAUGAUUAAUCGAGAUUUAGUUACUAGGAAAAUUUUUUUGAGGAAAAUAAAGAAGUGGAGUGAAUUUCUGGCAAAAAGUAAAUGAGCCCACACACGUUCUUUUUUGAGAUGGGUCGAAGUUAAUUAAGUUAUUUAUCAAUUAAUCAGAGGGUUAUCAUGAAAAGGAAAAAAAGUUAGAAAUACGGAUGCAAGUAGUCGUGAUAACGUUAUCGAUAUUGAUAAUGAUAUUAGUGAUGACAAUUUUGAUGGUGAUAUUCAUGAUAACGAUAUAAAUAUUGUUGAUGAUAUUGAUAUUGAAAUCAAUGAAAAUAAUAAUGAUAUUCAUGAUGACGAAAUUACUUACUAUUGAUGUUCAUGAUAUUGUCAAUGAUAUUCAGGUUCAUACUUAAGAUAUUGAUAUUCAUAAUAAUGAUAUUCACAGUCAAUCAUUUUCAUGAUAACGAUAUUGAUAUUCACGAUAGUGAUAUUGAUAUUUAUGAUAGUGACAUUGAUAUUGAUAUUCAUGCUAUUGUCAAUGAUAUUCAUACUUAAGAUAUUAAUAUUCAUGACAAUGAUACUCAAAGUCAAUCAUUUUCAAGAUAUUGAUAUUCAUGAUAGUUAUAUUGAUAUUGAUAUUAAUGAUAAUGAUAUUGAUAUCGAUAUUCAUGAUAGUGUUAUUGAUAUUGAUAUUCAUUAUAAUGAUAUUCACAGUCAAUCAUUUUCAUGAUAACGAUCUUGAUAUUGAAAUUCAUGAUAGUGAUAUUUAUAUUGAUAUUCACAGUCAAUCAUUUUCAUGAUAACGAUAUUGAUAUUCACGAUAGUUAUAUUGAUAUUUAUGAUAGUGACAUUGAUAUUGAUAUUCAUGCUAUUGUCAAUGAUAUUCAUACUUAAGAUAUUAAUAUUCAUGACAAUGAUACUCAAAGUCAAUCAUUUUCAAGAAAUCGAUAUUCAUGAUAGUGAUAUUGAUAUUGAUAUUCACAGUCAAUCAUUUUCAUGAUAAUGAUAUUGAUAUCCAUGAUAGUGAUAUUGAUAUUAAUAUUCACGAUAGUGAAAUUAAUAUUGAUACUCAUGAUAGUGAUAUUGAUAUUGAUAUUCAUG